AUGGCCAAUAAUCUUCUCAAACUUUAUUAUUAUGACAUACGUGGACGUGCUGAAAUUAUUCGCCUUAUUUUAGCUGCUGCUAAUCGUCGUUAUAACGAUGUUCGUCAAAUUCCUGUAUUAGAAUUUGCUGAUAAUACUCAAUUAACACAAUCAUUAAGUAUUGCUCGUUAUUUAGCAAAGGAAAUAGGUUUAGGUGGAACAGAUAAUCUUGAAUCAGCUAGAAUGGAUGGUGUCGUUGAUACUCAACGAGAUAUGAAUGAAAUGUUUUAUAGUUUAAUUGAUUUUGAAAAACAAGAUUUCAAAAAUAUGAAUGAUGUGAAAAAAUUCAUCGAUGAAUAUUUAGCUAAUCAUUGUAAAAAUUUAGCUAAACUUAAACAAGCAUAUAGUAAAAAUGACAAAUAUUUUGUUGGCGAUAAAUUAUCAUGGGCUGAUCUUUUUAUUUAUAAUUCAAUUCAUGAUUUAUUUCGAUUUUUACCACAAAUUGAGAAUAAAUUUGAUAAUCAAUUUCAAGAAUUAUUUGAUAGUAUUCAUAAUCAUAAGAAUUUGAAGAAAUAUUUGGAUGAACGACCACACACAGCAUAUUAA